AUGAGUUUAGGAAAGCAAUUAUUCACGUCUUAUUCUAAGUUGAUAGCAUCAAAUCCUGAAACAUGCAGCGAUAUCGAGCUAUUAACAAAAUACAUGAGUUAUUUUGUAUCAGGGAAAAUUACUGACGAUAAUAUACUUAGCGAAGGAUUACUCAGUUUCAGUCAUUUAUUGGUGAUUUUUAAUGACUUUAUAAUACGGAAAGAACUAAACAAAACUGAAAGAACAAAUGCUAAUGACGAGGAGCAAAAAUUAAAGCUGUUCCUCACAAUUUUAGAGAAUAUUGAGGUCUUCAUUGAAAUAUCAUCAAAAAGGGUUCUUGGAAACAGGAAAAAAUUCAUAGUUAUAGCUAUCAUACAAGUUGUUAAAUGUAUAGGAAGACUUGUAUUAGUUUUAAAAUAUAAAAAUCGUAUUUCCAAAAGUCCAGCACUAGAGUAUUUGGAUCGUAAAAAUGUUCUUAAGCAACAACCACAAAAUAAUCCACUUCAACCAGAACUAGCUAAAUCACAAUCGGUGGUAAUAAAAUUGAGAAGAUCCGGAAAGUCAAUAAGAAAAGUUGUAAAUUCACCUCCAUUAUACUCGAGAAAUUUUAUAGUACCUGACGAAUUGGAGGAAACUGAUCGAUUUGGCAAUUUUAAUCAUCAUGCAAUUAAAAACGCAGAAAUUGUGUAUAUAAUGAAGCCAAUACUUCACUUAGGUUCCGUUGCAGCUUUUGGCUAUAAAUCUUGGAAAUCAUAUUUACUUUCACUAUUUCUUGACACAUUCAGCAUAUUUCAAUAUUAUAAGCAUAGGAAUUAUAUGACAUCAGACCAAAAGAAGGAACUGAGUAGAAGAUGUGUGAACAUGCUGCUUUAUAUUUUAAGAUCACCAUUCUAUGAUCAAUAUUCAAAUGAUAAGAUUGACAGCUUCAUGAAGGCAUUAAAUGCUAUUCCAUUUGCAAGGUUCAUAGUUGAACCAUACAGGCAGUACAUUCCUACUUUCCAGAAUACUUAUUUUUACAUGUUCAGCAAUUAA